ACUGCCAGUGGGACAGGAUAUGGCACGAUGAGAUGCAACAGGGGAAGAAGCAACAAGGCAGAAGGGGCACAGCAUGCUCAGGACUGUAAGGAAGGAUAAGCUGGAAGCAGGAAUAUGUUGAGUCCUAAGAUAAGACAGGCAAGAAGAGCCCGGUCCAAAAGUCUAGUGAUGGGAGAGCAAAGUGGACCCCCCGCCAGACCAGCUUCCCCCAACCUGUCAGACCGGGCACUAAAGUCCGGCUGGCUAAAGAAACAGAGAAGUAUAAUGAAGAAUUGGCAACAACGCUGGUUUGUGUUACGUGGGGAUCAGCUGUUUUAUUACAAGGAUGAGGAAGAAACCAAACCACAGGGAUUUAUUCCACUCCAAGGGAAUCAGGUGACUGAGCUCCUUCCCAAUCCCGAGGAACCAGGGAAGCACCUCUUUGAAAUUGCCCCAGGUGGUGCAGGGGACCGGGAGAAGAUGCCUGUCAAUCAUGAAGCUUUCCUCCUUAUGGCUAACUCCCAGAACGACAUGGAAGAUUGGGUGAAAGCCAUCCGGCGGGUCAUAUGGGCUCCAUUUGGUGGAGGGAUCUUUGGGCAACGUUUGGAAGAUACCGUGCAAUAUGAAAGGAAGUAUGGCCAUCGCCUGGCCCCACUGCUGGUGGAACAAUGUGUGGAUUUCAUCCGAGAGCGAGGGCUCACAGAAGAAGGACUCUUCCGAAUGCCUGGUCAAGCCAACCUAGUCAAGGAUUUACAGGAUUCAUUUGACUGCGGAGAGAAACCUCUGUUUGACAGGUGAGUUUGAGUUAUUGAAUCAACCAGGAGGAGCCACAAUAUAAAGU